CAAGCAGCAAUCCCUUCUAUAGUUUUAUACUAUAAUAUUUAAAGUUGCCAUAUCAAUCAGCAGCUUUUACUGGUGAUCAUAUGGCUAAUUCGGUCAUCGAUAAUCUGGCAAUCAUUCCAUAAAUCUAAUAAAAGGGAAGCGUACAACUUAGUGUAAUAAUAUUUCUUUUUUUCCACUGACACCAUUUUGUUUAUGGGCAGACAGCAUCCCUGCCUGUUCCCCAGGCAGAGUGGAACACUGGGACAUUUUAACCUGACUAAUAUCCCUGCCCUAUUUGACCUGGAGUGAGAUGACUGGCUCAAACGAAUUCAAACUAAACCAGUGCCCUGAAGAUGGGAUCUCUGCCAUUAAGUUCAGUCCAAACACCUCUCAGUUCCUGUUGGUGUCAUCCUGGGACUGUACCGUCCGUUUAUAUGACAUCACAUCAAAUAACAUGCGCCUUAAGUACCAGCAUUCAGCAGCUGUCCUGGACUGCGCUUUUCAUGAUCCAACACAUUCAUGGAGUGGCGGAUUGGACCUUUCUCUGAAAAUGCGUGAUUUAAACACAGACCAGGAAUCUAUUGUGGGUUCGCACGAUGCUUCAAUUCGUUGUGUUGAAUACUGUCCGGAAGUGAAUGUAAUGGUCACAGGAAGUUGGGAUCAAACAGUCAAGCUAUGGGACCCUAGAACACCUUGCAAUGCUGGAACAUUCGCGCAGCCAGAAAGGGUGUACACUCUUUCUGUGUCUGGAGAUCGUCUAAUUGUGGGAACUGCUAGCCGUCGUGUGCUGGUGUGGGACCUGAGGAACAUGGGAUAUGUACAGCAAAGGAGAGAGUCCAGUCUGAAAUAUCAGACCCGCUGCAUUAGAGCAUUUCCAAAUAAACAGGGAUAUGUUCUGAGUUCCAUUGAAGGACGUGUUGCAGUGGAGUACCUUGAUCCGAACCCAGAAGUGCAGAAGAAAAAAUAUGCUUUUAAAUGUCAUCGAUUAAAAGAAAACAAUCUUGAACAAAUCUAUCCAGUCAAUGCCAUUUCCUUCCACAGUGUUCACAACACGUUUGCUACAGGUGGCUCUGAUGGAUUUGUGAAUAUCUGGGACCCCUUCAACAAGAAAAGAUUGUGCCAGUUCCACCGGUACCCAACCAGUAUUGCAUCGCUUGCCUUCAGCAAUGAUGGCUCUGCAAUUGCUAUAGCAUCAUCAUACAUGUAUGAGAAAGGUGAAAUUGAACACCCUGAAGACAGUAUCUAUAUUCGACAAGUGACAGAUGCGGAAACAAAGCCCAAGUGAGUUUCUCAGCAGCAGGGUUUUAUCCUUUAUCAUUUGUCCAAACAUUUAUUAAUUUUCCUAAUUUCAUGAAAGAAAUUAUUGAUGUUGAGUAGAUAACACAGUUCCCAGCAGAGCCAGUAUUGAUUUUAUCUUGUUCUCCCAAGCUUUCAAUAUCCGUUGGAUGAUAGACGUCACAUUGAUAAAAAUGUGCCUACUUGUUUUCUGAGGCAGCAUGUCAAAUAGUGUUACUCUUUUUUCUAUACAAUGGAGUUUGGAUCAGUGAUUGAUCCUUUAUAUUAAAACUAUUUUCACCAAAUAGAAUUUUUUUAUUUCUUCUGUGUAACAAUAUUUGAUUAUGAAAAUAUGUAAAUACAUUUUGCGAAUAACUGUGUAAACUGCAAACAGCCAUGAUCUUGCUUCCUUUCUUAUAAGUUGCCACUAAUAUGAUAGCUGUUCUGUGAACUAUUUAAUUGGCUUAGAUAUACUGAUUCUUAGCGUAAUUGACUGGUUCAGUUAACUUCCCAUCUGAAAUGGCAUUGGCAGAGGAUUGAAAAGAUAGUAUAUGGCCAUCUGCCAUCAGCAAAGGAUUUUUAACCACAAUUUGUAAAUAACCAGUUUCUAGUUAUUUGAUAGGUAUAUUUUGUUUUCCAUUGAAGCUCAUUGUAAUCAUUGUCAAAUACAUUUACGUGUUCUGAAACUUCAUUACAGGUUUUUGAUUUAAAUUCAAUAAAGGUAUUAAUAAAAA